AAAGGAGGUUCAAUUAGUCACAUGAGGUAAACAUGGCGGUGUGGACUUAAAAUAUUUAAUUUGGGUUGCUUCAUUUACAACCUUUAGUAGCACGUCUUUCACACCCUACUAUUUACUUAUUCCCCAAAAUCAUUUGGAUAAGACAAAAGAUUUAUUAGCCAUUCUAUUCUGCAACAAAAAUGGUCGCAUAUGGAUGUAUAUUGUAGUUUAAUUUCUAAAUAUACUAAGUAAAAUAACUUGAUGCCGAUAAAUCUCAACUAUCUUGUUUAUUCUCUGUAGUUACAUUAAUACCUUUAUUAUUUACUUACUUUUUUAAAUUUCUAAUUUAGUAUCUUCAAUUAUUCUUAUGAAACUAUCCAUUCAUGACUUCGUUUUUUAUUGUUUAAAUUAGAAGUGGUUCAAGUUUCAUGCAUUGACGGCAUCGAAAGUUACCCAUUUUGUCAAAAAAAAACCUGUCAAAAGGAAAACUUGUUCAAAUUAGUUUUGUCAAUUAUGGAACCCCUUGGACAGAAAAAGGAUGUUGUUGACAUUGCAGACUUAACCAGGUGGAAUUUCACCCAGCUCCUGACUGACGAUGAAGAAAAGCCAGAAGAUGUAAAUAAAUCCCAUUUUCCCUGUCGGAAUGACUUAAACGCAAAACUUAUCCUCUGGAAAGGUGACAUGCUUCAGUUGAAUGUUCAUGCCGUAGUACAUCCUACCAAUGAGAACUUUAGUGAAAAGUAUGCUCUAACAGCACACCUCCUCAAAGAAGCUGGUCCAGAUAUGCUCACUGAUAUCAAUACCAAUAUACGAGGUUUCAAAACUGGUGAGGCACGUCUGUCAAAAGGACAUAAGUUAUUGUCACGGUAUGUCAUACAUACUGUUGGCCCACGCUAUAAUGUCAAAUAUACCACUGCCGCUGAAAGCGCUCUGUAUAACUCUUACCGGAAUGUACUUCAAGUUGCUUUGGAACACAAUAUCCAGUCUGUGGGUAUUUGUCCAAUCCACUCAUCACAGCGAGGAUAUCCCCUUAUAGAUGGUGCACAUUUAGCCAUCAGAACAGUCCGUAGAUUCUUAGAAAAAUUCGGCAGUAACUUUGAAACAAUUAUAUUUGUUUCAGCAGAUGAGGAAGUGAUGGAAGUUUACCAGCAACUCAUGCCAUUGUAUUUCCCACGAAACUGGAAAGAAGAAAUGGAAGCCAAGAAUUAUUUACCUGAAAAUAUUGGAAAUGAGGAAGGAGAACCUGUAAUACCUGAGCGGAAAAUUCGAAUUAUAGACAAGCCAGCAUUUGCUGCUUUAAAAACACAAGGUAAAGAGUUUGAUGAAACUAUAGAUCUUAAUCAAGAAUUUCGAUCACCUGAUGGCCCUGAAGUUGGACGACAUCCUUUUGCACAAAUGAAGGAGGAUAAAGAUAAAGAACGACUGACCUCACUGCAGUGCAAACCUUCUGUAGAACAAAGAGAAAAGGAGAAAGUCAGACAGUGCGUUUGUGUUGAUCGGUUUGGAAGACCUGUACUAGUCUUCAUUGGCAAGAAUCUUCCUGUAAAUCAUAUUGAUUUAGAAAAAGUUUUACAAUAUAUUGUUCAAGUCAUGGAUUCCAUUGCUGAUACCAAAUAUUCUGUGAUCUACCUGCAUACUCUCACAACAACUGACAAUUUAGCUCCCACUUCCUUCCUGAAAUAUGCCUACAAUGUUCUACACGAUAAAUAUAAGAAAAACUUAGUCACCUUUUAUAUAGUCCACUCCAACAUAUGGUUUAAGAUUUCAACAUGGUUCUUCACAACAUUUACAGCGCCAGAAAUAAAAACUAAAAUCAGUCAUCUGCAAGGUACAGAUUAUUUGUAUGCAAAAAUGAAUACAGAUCAGCUAGACUUACCUCAGUGGAUAUUUGAAUAUGAUGUGAAGGUAAAUGGUCCACGGUAUUAUGUGCCUGCUGAAGACCCAACAGAAGAUCUUUAAAACAGUGUAUUCUGUAAGAACAGAAGCAGGCUUAAUUGCUGAAGUACUGGAAGUAUUAGGAAAAAUAUUGAAGUUUUGUUACGCUAUACUGUUAUACUCUUCAAAUAGCCAAAUAUUGAACAAACAAAUGAUAAUGCUGCUACCAACAAUGAGAAGUGAUGGCCCCUAUCAUGGGAUGUGCUUUUGUUGUUGAUUUUUAACAACUAUGUCCUUGUAUUUUAAUUUCCAAUGAUGUAAUAUUGAUUUGAGAGCUUAAAUCCUGAUUGUAAGAUGUUAUUGCAUAUCUUCAAGUUUAUAAGUAUUGUGAUAAAUCAAAUUCUAUAUAACAACAACAGCUAGCACUAAUAAUAGUAAUAUAGUUAAAAUAAUCUAUAUUUACUAAGCUAUAUAUGGGAUUCAAAGUACAUUAAGGUUUAGUGUAAAAAUGAAGGAUGGUUCUAGGUUGAAUUUUGUUAAGGUUUCAGAAGGGGCUUAUAAAAUGAAUAUAAUCAAAAAAAUAUUGUUGUUGAUGUUGGUUUUAGGAAAAAUAAUUUUCCAAAUACACAUGAAGCAUUUUAACCAGUUGUAAAAUCUCUUUAUGUAAAGGAACUGUCAGGGAUUUAAGUAAGUCUUUUCCUUGAAAGCUACAAAAUAAACAAAAAGAAAGGAAAUAUUUAUUAACUGGAGUAUUUCUUUACUAAAUAGUUAAUAUAUUGAUUUUUCCAAUCCACUGAUUAUCAGUUGCUCUAAUCACUGGUGCUUCUCUUUCUUCUUCUACAGAUUAUCAGUAUUAAAACUUCACAAUGGCUUUAUCAUGAUUUGAAGUUUUGUGAUUUAAUACAUUGAUUUAAUACAUCUCUCUCAAGCAAGAGGAGAAGGAGGGAGGUCUAUAAGUAGUAUCUAUGGUUUGCUUUCUAAGCCAUCAGAUAUUUGCUAACUUGUAUUUUGUGAAAACAGUCAUGAUAAUAUAUAGUCAAUACUACCAGCUCAAGCUUUAUUUUUCUACAUUUUAUAUCAAUUACAUUCUUGAUAUUUAAAUCUUCAAAUGUAGAAAGUCUUAUAGUUCAUAUCUCAGUGAUAACUUUUCAGCGUUUUAGUUGACUUAAGAAGUUUAUACCACUUGUCUAUAUUGGAUGGACCCCUGACAACACCCCUUCUAUCAGCCUCAAAUUGUGUAUCCCAAAAGUAUCACAUUCUCUCUCAACAUGUUUCAUCUUCUUAAAGGGGUCCUUCUCACACUUUGUACAGUUAUCAACCUGCUACUCUUGCUUCAAAGGUAAUUGGAACAGCUGCAAACAAUCAUCUCCUUCAUCACCUUGAAUUUCUCUCCCUUCUCAAGGAUAAUUAGUGUAGUUUCCUAAGAGCCAAAUCUACUGGUAACUUAUUGUCAUAUAUCAAUCACCUAUACUGUCUCAAUUUAGAGAAUUUUGAUAAAGCAAUGCUAUUUAAUUUGACAUUACUAAAGCCUUUAACUAUGACAGGUAUGAGUAUAUUUUUGCUAAGUUGCCCACCUAUAUUUCUUAGUUUUCUAGAUUGCAAGUUCUCUGCCAGACCAUACUAUACCCUGUGCUAAUGCAACUCUCUCUAGCUUACCCUGUAUCAUCCCUGGUGUAUCUUGUGGUUUGGUAAUGUCGCUCUCACACUCUUCCUUCUGUACAUAGCAGCCUACUGGAUGUUUCUUGCAACAACACACACACUCAUAGAUGUCACCUUUCACUCCUCCUUAGCUCUCUACACACAAAUGUCAUGAAAGGCCUUUUAUGUUAUAUAUCAGUAAUAUCUUUUAGUGCUAUUAUUGAUGUUUAUUUUGUGUCCAACUCCGAUAAAUAAGAUAAUUCAACUAGUGUUAAGUCUGAAUCAAUUCUUUUGAAAUAGGAAGAGAUAUAUCUACCUGUAAAAUGUUUUGGACUACAUAGUUUUACAGCCAAAAAGCAUUUUGUAAUGGUGAUCAUUGCUAAUAUGAACUGAGAGGAAUGGUGCCUAAUUUUCAAAAAAUCAGGAGUCUACUAUGACUUUUCUUAACAGCUCAUCAGAUUAACAUGGGUGAAAUCUUAGCAUUUUUUAAAAUUCUGUGAAGAAGCUUAAUAUUUUAACCACUUACCUAUAGCUAACAGGUUAGAUUAAACAAAUAUUGGUAGAAGUUCACAAUACAAAUGCUUAAUUAUUUGCUUGUUGCUCUACUAAUUCUAAACAAUUAUGUUGUUUAGCUCCAAGUCAACCCUGAUGAAGUAGAUCUACAAUCGAAUGAGUUCCAGCUGUGUCUAUUCACUCUUUUCUAUACAGAGUUUCUAGCUCUGCAUUAGUCAAUGUGUUCUUCCAGUUUUAAAAAUAGUAGGGUGUAAUAUGAGAGAUUUAACUGUAGAAGUUAACUCAUAAACUAUUCAUUUGAUAAUGAGGGAUCUGAAAACAAGUGGCUAACUUUCAUAUUAAACAAGUGAAAUAAGCAGUCCUUCUAUAAAGGAGUCUUCAGCUAGAAAAUAUGCUAACCCUCUUCUCUAUAAUGUUGCACACAUCUAUUUGUAAUACAUACUUUUUAAAAAAAAAUUUUUUAUUUAUAUUCUUUCAUAACUCCUCUUUUGGAAUUCCACUGUUGACAAGUUAUUUGUUUUCCAAAAGCUGGAUUUCAUCUAAUGUUAUCACUAUCAGCUCCCUACUGUUUUAUACAUCUGAAGGAAAUCAGAACAAAUAUUUCUGAUGCCAUUUGCUUUUUGUCUCACCAAGCUCAUAGUUGAUAACAAGAUAGUGAUGAAUCUAAACUUCUCAGUAAACAUAUUGGGGUUUCUGUAAAAAAAAAAAAAAGUCUUAUAUCACUUUCCACAUGUAGUGAUUCAGUAUUAUUAGCAGUGAAAUGCCUUUAUUUACAUUUAUUUUUACUUGAGGAAUUUGACAAUUUUAUUAAGGGUUGUGUAUGGAUAUGUAUGCAUGUAGUAUGUGUGUGUGUAAUGCUGUUACUGCUAUCGAUUAUGUAGCAUGAACAAAAAGGUAUGAAAAGAUAUCUAACAUAUCCUACAUGGCAGUGUUAUUCUCUAACAAAAAAUGUUAUGGAAAUUAUACAAUUCCAAAUGUAAAUAAAAUAUUUUUGAAAUGGG